GUUCAUGAAGGCAGGAAACAUGAAGUGCGUGAAUUGAUAAAAAAUGCUGGACUUCAGAUUCAUUCAUUAAAACGUGUGAGGAUUGGUGGAUUUCGGCUUCCUUCAGAACUUGGAAUAGGGAAGUACAUGGAACUCAAGGAAUCGGAUCUUAAACUGUUGGAUGGCCAGAUUCAAAGCCCUUAAAGAAUGGACUAUUGUAUUGUUCAAUAUUCACAUUGAAUCUUGUGAAGUUUAAUUUUCAAAUGAAUGAUACGUAUGACAACCUGCUUAAAUCAUAGGAUUUGUGGAGGGCAUGAAGUUCUGAUCAAUUUAAUGGUCUCACAAUAUAGCUCACAUUCAGCAGCAUUUGCAGAGAGAACAUUUUAGUCACGGCGAAGUGCAAAACUGUUUUUCAACCUUAUUUGACGUGUAGAGAAUCCGUUUUGGUCGCCAUGACAAAUGCAAUAUUAUUUUCGUAUAGACUUUGUAUUUAGAAAGAUUUUUAUGAUAAUAUGAACAUUGGGCAUGAUAGAAUCUAUAAUCACUGGUUUAGUUUCUUUUAUCUGUUGUGAUGGGUAUGUUUUGACGUAAGACUUGUUGAAUGUUGCACAAAUUUUAAUUAAA